AUGAAUGGAAAUAUUGAUGAGUUUAUAGUGGCAUGCAUAAUGAAUGAUUAUAAAAGGGACGAUCCUUAUAUUCUAAGACACAAUUAAAAUGGCGAGCCACCCGACCCGUCCUUCUCCUGUACCCUCAGGGAUUACGGGACUAAGAAGUAAACGGGGCCUGGGUAUUGUGUCCAGGGUGGUUUUUUUUACCUUGGUCGGACACCACGACAAGGUUUUUUACCUCUCUAAAGGCAAGAAGACCAGAGCCGAUGUAUCAGGAGUCAAACUUCAGGAUCAGAAGGGAAGUGAGGAAGAUCUUUAUGUGGGGAGCUUCGGGGACCUGAAGGAGACUCCGGGAGGCUACUUUUCUCCCUCCCCCGGAAAGGACGGCACCGGGCCACUAGACCCCUGAUCAAGGAGUACCUGGGUGAGCCUCCCUGUUAUCUGGCGACGUCACCAUUUUUUGGUGACGUCGACAGAAAAAUGGAGUGAGCUACAGAGCCAGUGCUUAGAGCGCAAGCUUGAAGCUGGCAGCGCUGGGUAGAGGCUGAAAUAAACCUCUGUGACCCGCUACAGUUAAUUAAUCUAAUCUAAUCUUAUAUUCUAAGUGAUGCAGAAAGGGAAGAAAUUGAAGCCAAACAGAUGAUUUACCAAUCUCUGAUCUCUGAUAUUAAUAUUGAGAUCGGGCAAGAAGCAUCCAAAAAGGAUAGAAAACUGAGAGGAGAUGAGAACUUGUCAGAUGAUACUUUAACUUAUGGGGAAAUUGAUUUUAUUCCCUUGGCUGAAAUUAUUUUUACCAUAAAAAACAGAUAUGGAGGAUGUAGAGAGGGAAACUUUUAUGAUCUUGGCUCUGGAACUGGAAAGCCUGUAAUUGCAGCUGCACUUUUAGGAAAUUUUCUAGAGUGUAAAGGAAUUGAGCUUUUAAGUAGCCUUUAUGAAGUAUCUUUAACAGUGAAAGAAAGAUAUGAUAGGUGAGUCCAAACUCAAGAAUGUAUGCUUCCAAAUAAUUCUUAUCCAAAAGUUUCAAUGAUUUUAGACGAUAUUUUUGAGUAUGACUGGUCAGAUGCAGAUUUAAUUUUGGCAAACUCUACUUGCUAUGAUGAGAAUAUGAUUGAAAAAAUUGGAAAAAUUGAAGUAAGUCCUGGGACUUUUUCAAUUUCUUUAUCAAACUCAUUGCCUGUAUCAAGCUGGAGAAUUGUUGAGAGCGUAAGAAAAAGGAUGAGCUGAGGCAUAGCAACGGUCUAUAUUCAGCAGAAAAUAGAUUUAGAAGAAGAAAGGUUGAAAAUCUUGGAAUUUGGGAAGGCAUUAGACUCUGAGUAA